AUGCAGAGGAAAGUACUUCAGAGCGACACAAUGGCCAACCAAUUACUUGGUUUGAGCUAAGAAUAAGCAGAUUAACUAGAGACUUGCCCGUUUCAUGACUUAAAGAAAAUCUUUGUUUGCCUGUACGAUUGUGAUCCUGACACAGAUGAGAUCACUUAUUGCUUAGCAUGCAAAUCAAAGGUCGAUCAAAAAAACAAACUAGUACAUAAUCAUAAGGACGAGUACAUCCAUGUGAUCGCAAAAGAAAUGAGCAAUUAGUAUUAUGAAAUUAGAGGAAAAUACGAAGAACUGGUUGGCAAAUUUGAUGGUUCCUACAGUGAUUCAAAAGGUUUAUUCACAAAAUACUCCGACUUGCUUGAGUAUUUGAAAAUUUAGAAACUAAAGUUGAGUAAAAUUUCACCGCAAAACUAAUACUAGGCAUUUCAACUUGACAAUAAAUACAAAGAGCUAAAGGAAAUUCUUGAAUAAUUGUAAGACUAUGAUAGUAAAGUUAAUGAUGGCUGCUUAAAAUUGAAUGCAAAAGAUGUUUUGGGGUUGAGAAGAAAAUUGGUCGAGAUGAAUGAUUAUUAUGCAAAAAAUUUUCAAUAUCUUGAGCAAUCAAUCACGGAACAGAUCUGGAACGGCUUUAGAGAUGUCUUUUUGGAGGGAGAUCUUAGCAAUUUACCUGAGUUCGAUCAUGACAAUUAUCGUUUUUUCACAGAAAUGAAGGAGAGAGCGACUAAACUUUUAUACGAAUCUAGACUCACAGAAUUAACAAGGAAGUAGAAUGAAUAGGAGCAACAAAUUAAGAUAAUGCAAGAGCAAAUUGAAAAGUUAAUGGGAAUCGUAGGUGAAUGA